AUGAAAAUGUUAGCAUUGACUCUUGUUGGCUUUAGCUUAAAGAGUCAACAAAAGAAGACGGUCAUUACGGGGUAAAGAGACCGUGCAGAAUAAAAACAAAGGGAAGAGUGACUUCCCUGGGUGCUACUUCUUCCUUAUUGGUGGGGGAAUUAGAAGUUUAAACAGUGGAAACUGGAGGAACACCACAAACUGAUAUAUCUUGUGAUAUGGUUUGAAGCUGGGAGAGACUACAAAGACUUUUAAACAUUAGAGACUUAAACUGCACCACACACAGGUAUCUUUGGACAUGAUUUCUUAACUUAUGAUCAAGAUAAGGGUACGUGAAGACUGGGUUGAUUAUACAGUACGUUUCCGAGAAAGUAAACAUCAUAAUGGGGGAAUUGCUUAGUAUAUAUAAUGGUUGAGUGAGUGGAGUGAAAGCCAACAACCAAUAUAAUCAACAUUCAUUCCAAACAUGGGAGUUAGAUACCAUACUAUAAUUGGUGCGUGUGCAUUCCUUUUGGUGGUGGCUGAACUUGCGCACCUAUGCUCGUGCGCAAAUUCAAGCCUCCACUUGCACUCUCCGUGUGUAGAACGCGAGAGGCAAGCUCUUGUGAAGUUCAAAGAAUCCUUGAUUGACCCCUCAAACUUGCUUUUCUCAUGGCAAGGUGUUCAUUGCUGCCAAUGGAAAGGUAUCGGCUGCGACAACGUCACUGGUCAUGUUGUCAAGCUUGAUCUCACCACUUCUUUUGAAAGAUGUCAGAGAUCCCAACCAUUUGGAGAUCAAUACAACUUUUGGGACACAUAUGAGAUAAUGGACGAUGCUUGCAAACAUUCAUACUAUGAUAGUGUAGAAGCUCUAAAUGUUAAUCCAUCUUUGUUGGAGCUGGAAUACUUGACUCAUUUGGACUUGGGUGGAAAUUUUUUCAGACACAAUCCUAUACCCAUGUUCAUUGGUUCUAUGCAACAAUUGAGGUAUUUGUCUCUCUCCAAUGCUGGUUUUGGUGGGAGAAUACCAAAAAAUCUUGGAAAUCUCACCAACCUGCACUUUCUUGAUUUGAGUGGGAAUGAAUUCUGCCACCUUUGGACAUCAAUUUGUUUUCUGAACUGCCAUUACUAGAACAUCUUGACAUGGGUAAUGUUUAUUUUGGCCAACCACAGAAUUUGCUCCAGGUACUUUAUGAAACAUGCAUCCUUCUCUGUUAUUUUUAUGUGUUUAAUUGCUUGGGUGUGUUUGUGAACUUGAAAAGUUGCUUGUUUCGCAGGUUAGCAUUAACCUCACAAGUGCUCCUAAACUUCAGUUUCUCGGUCUUGCCGGCAACGGGCUUACAGAGUCGGCUCUCGAU